GCCGACUGACUGCUCGUGCGCCUGCUCUGCUGACAGCCACGAGAAUAGCACGGGCAGCGAGCGGCGAGCCACAUGGGGCCAUUUGCGCUGCUACCCCGCAUCGUGCCGCCGACACUUCCUGCUUGCCGACCACCACCACACCACCUAGGCUGCACUCCCAUCUGCGCCUCGUCUUACUCCCAUUGGACAGCUCCUGUGUACCGCAUACCACACCUUCACCGCCCCCCGGCAUACCCACCCCACCUCCACUCGACACCAACACCAUGGGCAAGGAAUACGAGAUCCCCAACGAGCCCGUGCCCGCGCUGCCCGGCUACGUCGGCAACCUGACCGACGAGCAGGAGCAGAAGCUGCGCGAGAUCUGGCAGGGCUACUUCGACACGUGCGAGAAGGCGACAGGCUCCAAGAAGGGCGCGCAGAAGCAGGACCUCGAGGCGCUCAAGAACCAGAAGGCCGAGGACGACAAGGCCAAGGCGGACCCGAAGAACUCGGGCAUCGCCAAGGACGACAAGGCCAAGGAUGCGGCCAAGGAGGCCGAGGAGGCUGCGGCGCUCAAGGCGCUCAUGGACGAGUACGGCGGCGAGGCGCUCCGUGAUGCCUACUGGAAGUUCGUCAAGGGCGACUCUCCGGACACGGCCAUGCUGCGCUUCCUCCGCGCGCGCAAGUGGGACGUCUCGCGUGCUCUUGCCAUGCUGUGCACGUGCAUGAAGUGGCGUCUCGACAACGACGUCGAGGCGCUCCAGGAGCGCGGCGACGCCGGCAACGAGCAGAUCCCGCACUUCCUUGAGCAGCAGCGCUCAGGCAAGACGUACGCGCUCGGUACUGCCAUCAACGAGCAGCCGAUCUGCUACAUUCACGUGCGCAAGCACCUGACCUUCGGCCAGCCCUCCUCCUCGAUGGAGAAGUAUGUCAUCUACGCCAUGGAGUCCUUCCGCCUGCUCAUGCAGCCGCCGAACGACAAGGUCGUGCUGAUGUUCGACCUGACUGGCUUCGGUCUGAAGAACAUGGACUGGAACUGCAUCUUGUACAUCGUCAAGUGCCUCGAGGCCUUCUACCCCGAGUCGCUGGGCACGCUCUACAUCCACAACGCGCCGUGGAUCUUCAAGGGCAUCUGGAUGGUCCUCGGCCCGCUGCUGGACCCCGUCGUGCGCUCCAAGGUCGUCUUCUCGAGCAAGGCGACGGACAUCGAGGGCCACAUCCCGCCGAGCCGCCUCAUUGCCGACCUCGGCGGCAACGUCACGACUGGCUUCGAGUUCACCGAGCCGCAGGACGGCGAGAACGACCUGCUGAAGAACGAGGGCGAGCGCAAGAAGCGCUUCGACCACUUCAUGGAGCUCGCUGACGAGUUCGAGGAGGUCACGCGCAAGUGGAGCAAGGGCGGCAGCGCCGAGGACGAGGAGAAGCGCAACCUUCUCGUGCUGAAGCUGCGCGUGGCGCAGUUCGAGCUCGAGCCCUACACGCGCGGCACCACGGUCGCGCACCGCCAGCACAUCAUCGACGGCCAGGGCAUCGUCAAGUGGCGCUACGAGCAGAAGGACGGCGACACGCAGAUCCACGUUGUCGGACGCCGCGCCUGCGCCGCCACGCUGCGCCGUGAGAUUGCAGAGGUCGAGAACGGCUCGAGCCUCAAGGAGGCGCAGGAGAAGUCGGAGAAGGCGCUCGAGGCCAAGGACUGGGCGACGCUGUACGGCGACGAGAAGACGGCACAGCUCGUCGAGGGCGGCAAGUAUGGCGAGGUCGUCGCCGGCACGCUCGAUGCCUCUGAUGCGGCUGGCGCUGCUGCCGGCGCUGCUACUGGUGCCGCUGCGGGCGGUGCUGCCGCCGCCGCAACCUCCAACGACGACGCCGCUCCGGCCGCUGCCGAGCCUGUCACGGAGGAGUUCAAGGACGCACCCGAGGCUUCAGCUGCGCACGCCGAGUCCGUCCCCGCCGUGCAGCCGACCAAGGAGCAGGAGGCGCAGGCUGCCGUCGAGCCCGAGCCGGCUCCGAAGCCGGCUGCCACCAAGGCCGAGGCACCGGCCGACACGCCGACGAAGGAGAAGUCCGGCCUGGGCCGCCGCUUCUCGAAGCUCAUGAGCAAGGUCGCGGCCUAGGCUGCCGUCGAUACCUGCUCCUUCCCUGCUCCGCUCUCGCAGAUACCUCUUCCACCUGCUCGU